GGAACGCGCACCUUUCAAUCGGCAUCGACUUCAAACACUUUCAGCGACCAGCUUUUGGAGUUAUUGGACAAUGAGUGAGGUAUCAUCAGCAUAUCCGAAUACUAGUGGAUCAGUAGACUGAACGUAAACGGAAUAAUUGGAAAAUUUGUCGCGCAAACUUGUCUUCGUUUCCCGACCUCGACCCUUCACCACGAACCGCCGAAGUCGACGCCCAAGAAUACCUUCUACCUCUCCAGAUUUAUGCAGCGAGGCUGCAAUCUGAUACAAAGGCGUUUAGUGAGCAGUUCAUCGCUGUCAACGAAUUAGACACAAGGGUCCCGCAUUGUUUCGCUGUACACUCACGAACCUUGAGGGUCCGGCACAAUGCCCCCAAAUAAGGCACCGUCCUCGAACGAGUGGGAUCUACCAAAGUUGAGGGCUUCUAUCAACUUCCAGGAUGACUGGAAAGACCCCGUCUCCGGCGAGUCGAUAGCACACGAAUUCUUCGACGUAAAGUUCUACCCCUACAACCCCGUCGGCGCACCGCCAGUGUUCGCCAUCGCUAGUAAGAAGCAUGUGAUCAUAUGCCGCAUCACCCAGAAUACAGACAGCAACACCAAUCCUAUUGAGGUGUUGAAGUUGAUAAGGGAUGAUGAUGAAAACGCAGCAAACUGUUCAUGCUGCUGGUCCAAGGAUAUGGAGACCGGACAGCCAUGGCUUUGUAUAGCCGGGGCGGAUGCGAAGGUGAAGGUCUACGAUGUUAAGGAGGGGAAGUUAGUCAAGACCCUAGUAGGCCACGGCGGCGGCAUAAACGACCUCGUCACCUCUCCCCUCAACCCCUCCCUAAUCGCCUCCUGCUCCGACGACACCACCGUGCGCAUCUGGUCUCUCCUCCCCAUCCACUCCUUGCAACCCUGCAUGUUCAUCCUCGGCGGCGACGCCCACACCUGGGACCUGUUGAGCAUCUCCUUCCACGACACGGGCCGCUACUUGCUGUCUGCAGGCCACGACCAAACCAUCAACCUCUGGACCAUCCCCUCUUGUCCGACCGAACCCGUCACCCACCCACUCGUCAUCCACUAUCCGCACUUCUCCACAAAAGAAAUCCACAACUCGCUGGUCGACUGCGUCUCCUUCUUCGGCGACCUGAUCCUGUCAAGAGCCUGCUGGGAGGAAACUAUCGUGUUAUGGUCCAUCUCCGGCUUUUCCUCUUCCUCUUCCUCCUCUUCUUCUUCUUCCUCCCUCGUCGACAACCCCCCGCUACUACCGCUAGAAGCAGCACCCACCACCUUUGACCCCUCCAAACUAACCCGCUCCGCAUUCUGGCAAGCCCCCGACCUCAGUCCCGAAACCAGGCCGGCGUAUUUCACGAGACUGUUGCAGUUCAAGACGGCGGAUUGCAAAGGGCAGUUUUACUUGAGGUUUAAAGUGUUGCAUGCACCUGGAGGGAAACAUCCCGUGUUGGCGUUUUGUAAUGCGAGGAAUAAGUUUAUGUUUUGGGAUUUGAGCAGGUUGGGGAGUUGGCAGAGGUAUUUGCAGGAGGUGAAGGAGGCUCAGGAGGAGGAGGCGGAGGUGGAGGUGGUGGCACAAAAGGAAGGGGGGAGGAAGAACUACAGGGAGGUGGUGAGGAGGGUGAGGGUGGUUGAACAGCCGGGGUGGAUGCCGCCUGCGAGGAAACAGCCGAGGAAGACUGCUGCUGCGCUGGCGGCGGGAGGGACGGCGGCGGGAGGGGGAGGGGGAGGGGGGACUACGUAUCCUUCUACGGCGGCGAACUACAGGGCGGCGGGGGGUGUGGCGGGUGUUGCUGCUGCUGGUUCUACUACAUCCGGAAGAGCAGGAAGACCUGGGACCAGGUCCACUAGUCCUGAUCCUGAGACUCUGCUUUCUGCUGCUGCUGGUGGUGGUAGUGGUAGACCGGGUUCAAGUUCGACGAGGGAUAGACCGGGUUCGAGGGGCUCUACUGCCACAACCACCACCGCCGCCGCCGCCGCCACUGCUGCCACUGCUGCCACUGCUGCCACUACCACCGGUCAGACAGUAAACAGAAGAUCACCGGGUAUCGGACUAGGAGGAUAUACCCAAAAGCAGCUGGAUGAAUGGCACGACCAGUGUGACAUCACGGACUCGCAUAACGAGAUCAAGCCGCAUAAGACGGUGACGGUUGAUGGCAAGGGACAGCAUUUCGUGGGGAGGCAGGUGGCCUGGAGCCCGGAGGGGGAUUGGUGUGUGGUGGUGGGAAAUUCGAAUCGGGCUAUGAUUUUUCAGCGGUGGGGGAAGUGAAGAUGC